CCGGGUUAUACCAAGAAUCGAUUCGGGCCGUAGUGUUCUUAGCAUUAUAUAAAAAUGCAACACGAAAUCACCCUGUUCGACGACGAAGUAGAAAAUCUCAUCAAGAAACAUCAGACUAGACCCGAGCAUCAAGGUUACAUAAAACUGGAUGGAAUUACUUUACCGGAGGAAUUCAGACAAUUCGUUAAUACCAUAGACAACUUUGAAGUUCGCGAUGACGAUAUUUGGGUCUGCAGCUUUCCACGGACCGGUACUACUUGGACGCAGGAAAUGGUUUGGUGCAUCGCCAAUGACUUGGAUUUCGAGAGAGCCAAAGUUCUUCUCAAUGACAGAUUUCCAUACUUGGAGAUCACUGCUAUGAUGGGCACUCCGAAACCAUCGGAUCAUCGUCAUAUUCCUGACAUCAAAAUGCCAGAGCACGUGAUCGACAGUAUUGGAUUUUGUGAAAAAUUGCCCAGCCCUAGAUUCAUCAAGACACACCUUCCGUUCAGUUUACUUCCUCGACAGCUGAAAAGAGGAGAGAAAAGUGCCAAGAUUGUAUACGUAGCCCGAAACCCUAAAGACGUGUGUAUUUCUUAUUUCCAUCACGGUAAGGUACCCCACGGUUUUAAAGGGAGCUUCGAGGAUUGGUGUGAUCUCUUCAUCAAAGACGCAGUUAUGUACGCACCUUUCUGGAAACACGUGCUUGGUUACUGGAAGCAGAGAAUCAACAACAACUUCCUAUUCAUAAAAUAUGAGGACAUGAAAAGGGACUUGCCGUCGGUAAUAAAGAGAACUGCAAAAUUUCUCGGAAAGAACUUGACGACCGAUCAGUUGUCGAUUUUGACCGAGCACCUGAGUUUCGAUAGCAUGAAAGUGAACCCAGCUGUGAACAACGAGGAACUGACAGCCGCCUUGCAGAAGUUUAAUCCGUCCGAAGAACGAGAAGAGUUCAUACGGCGCGGAACGACUGAACAGUGGAAAACAGAAAUGUCACCUGAAAUCAUCAAGCGGUUUGACGAUUGGACUCAGGAAAAUUUGAGGGGUACUUAUUUCCACUUCUGAAUAACAAGUCUCAGCUAGUUUAUUCGAUGAUGCGAUAACGGAUAUUAAAAAGUGUAAGACAAACCUAUAACUGUUUGGGAUAUCAAUUCCUCGACGCUUGAAGCGAAAGCUUA